GCAGAGGAGACGCAGCUCCUCUUGCAGAUGGAGACAGGUGAGGGGCGACCUACAUCAUCGAGAUGGCGUGAGGUUUACAUGGCAAUUGCCGUUACAUUGGCACUGGUGGCAGCAGCCUGUUGCCUGCCCAUACCUUCAGUCCAUCAACAGGUACUAAGGCCCACGGCGAACGUUUUUCAGGCACUUUGGCACAGCAGAACCUAUGACGAUGAGCGUCUCCAUGGUCAGAGCGAGCAAGCCGAGCGUGAGAACGGGUUCUUUGCUCAAGAUUCAACAUUUUCGCACCCGCCUGCAGCAACGAAAACUCAUGGCGACGCUGCAUUUGCUGCGCGACAGUCCGCCUAUCGAGCAGGUUGGCUGGAGGAUGGCGAAGGGGACACCUCAACGUCAAGCCAACCAGACUUCAGGAGGGGUGACUGGCUGGACGCAAACUGGGACGACAAGACACCGCCAGGUACAAUCAUCGAACAUGUGGAUACCUCAAGGUCAGGCCGAGCAGACUUCCGGGGUGACUGGCUGGACGUAAACUGGGACGACAAGACAGCAGAUACGGUCAUCGAGCAUGUAGAUACCUCAACGUCCAGCCGACCAGUUUUCGAGGGCGACUGGCUUGAUACAAACUUAAACAACGAGACACCAGGUACAGUUGUUGAACAUGACUGGGUAGAAGUGGGUGACUCUUCGACAGAUUCAGACGGAGAUGGCGAAGGUAUUCCGGAUGAAGCACCAGACACGGGCAGUUUGGAUGGAAUAGAUGGGGAUUCGGAUGGCUUUGGGGAUGGGCCUGGCUUUGACGCAGCUCUGCCCAGCAACUGGCACAACGACGUGCAUGAUUCAUCCACCCUCCCUGCAACCACUACAAUACCUCCUGGUCCUUUUCCAGCUGCUGAAACAUACCACAACAACUAUGAUUCAGACAACCCUUUGGGCGUGAAGAUGAGCUUGGAUGGCGGCAACUACUUCCUAAUCCUCGGAGACUGGGGCAAGGCUGGUGGUCCUGGCAGCUGCCAGAAGGCUGUGGCUGCCCACUUGCGGGCCUAUGCUGAGAAGCAGGCCAAUGAGUCGAAAACACUGCUGUUUGUCGCGUCCGUGGGAGACAACUUUUACUGGACAGGGGCAACCCCCGAGGCAUGGGAAUUUGUCUGGUCUCAACCCUAUGGGGUCAAUGACCCAAAUUCGCCGGUAUAUCAGGUGCCGUGGCUUUCUGUGUACGGAAAUCACGACUAUGGCAAUCACGACCCUUAUGCUUUCUGCCCCCACAAAGACGAGUCAUACCGGAGGAAGAUCAUCAACGGACAGGCUUACUCAAGCUACCAGCUGAACCAGGACCGGAAUCCAACUCGCCCUUUCGGCACAGAGUUAUACUGGCUUCCAGACUACAACUACCACUAUGCAAUCCCCAGCGACGCCGACCCGAAGGUUGAGGUAAUUGCUGUGGACACCACUGCACUCAUCGACGCCCAAGAAGUUGGCGGAGACGGAAGCGGCCGGGACUCUGCAGACGCGCUUUGCGGUGGCCGUCCCAUUGCUCAGAGCUUUCUCAACAAAACUUACCAGGCAGGGCGCCGGUUGGUAAUCGAGAGAGCCCAGAAGAACAAGGCUGCAACUGCCCCUAAGCACAACUUGGUGGCAAAGCAAGUGAUGCUCCAAGUGUUCUUUGCUUAUUUGCUCCACACACAUCUCUGCGGAUUUGCGCAGUCUCAGGUACUGAUCAUACAACAUUAUCCAAAUCUAUGCCCAAGAGAUCUCUUCGAGAAGUCGCUGCCGGUCUCGCGAAGGGGUAAGGUCAAGGUGCUCUGUUCCUCAGCAGAAAAAUGCCGGAGAAAGCGAGCUCAGGGAUGUGUUACGUUCAAAAGCAGUGGGAGACCCCUUCUCCGCUUCUGCUUGGAGACUGGCGCUGCGCAGCCGAGGCACAUAUGGGCACGUUCAUACGCAGACAUGUGA